CGCUGUUGCUUUUGGCGCAUUGCGAUUUGUGAGACAACAACGAGGGUGCUGAUGACGAUGACGAUGACGAUGAGGGUGCUGUUGAGGACGAGGCAGUGUCGGUGGGUGAGUGAUGCCGUGCACUGUGGUCGAAGAAGAGGAGGAGGAGGAGGAGCAGCAGCAGCAGCAGCAACAGAAGCACGAGCGCCUGCGGUGUGUAGUUUAGUUCAGAGGAGGCGGCUAUCGUCGGCCAACCUGGACGAUGUGAUUCUGCCGCACUUGCCAAAGGUGGCCUUCGCGUUUGCCUAUGGCUCCAGCGCCUUCAGGCAACACGACCACAUCUACACCAAAAACACCAUGCUGGAUGUGAUUGUGGCAGUGGAUGAUGCAGAGGCGUUCCAUCGCGAGAACAUGCAAAGGAAUCCCCAUCAUUACCCAUACUAUGCACGAGCCCUUGGCGCCUCGGCUGUGGCCUCCAUACAAUCAAAGACGGGCGCCUCCAUCUACUACCACCCCUUUGUCACCUUUGGCGACCAGCUGGCCAAGUACGGGGUCAUUACCGUGGCCGAUAUGGAACGCGACUUGCAGAUGUGGGACACGCUGUAUGUGAGUGGCCGCUUACACAAGCCCGUUGCCAUGCUCACGCCUGUGCCAACCUAUCAACUGCAGCAGGCCCUCAUUCACAACCUCAGGUUUGCUGUCCUGACGGCGUGCUGUCUGCUCCCGCCCCAAUUCAACGAGUUUGAGCUGUAUCACACUAUCGCCUCCCUUUCCUACACGGGGGAUGUACGCAUGGCUCUUGCAGAACGAAAGGGAAAGGCGUUCAACAUUGUCAAGGGCAAUUUCGACAACUUCCGUGCCUUGUAUGCGGCUGCCCUGGCCGAGCUCAACUGCACUCUGCUCUCCGCCACAGGGGAGUAUUCACUGCUUCAGAACCCGCUCUCUGGACUCCCUUCGCCACAAAUUGUUAACCGUCUGCCCCUAACCCUUCAACAACACCUUGACACGACAAAGCCGCUUGAGCCGCAGAUCCGGCCCGCAUUGAAACGCAUCAUCUCCCGCUCAAGCCUGACGCAGAGCUUAAAGGGCCUCUUCUCUGCAGGCAUCUCCAGGUCGCUCCUGUACCUUGGCGAGAAGCUCAAGAAGGCCUGGUCCAAAUAGGUUUUAGAUAGGAGAGAGACAUGGUCGUGGAGGGAGAGUAGUGUAGGACUCACCGCAUCAUCGUGUGUGUGUGUGUGUGUGCGCGCGUGCGUGUGUGUGUGUGCGUGCGUGUGUUUGACUGUGCCUCAAUCACCCUCAUCCACGGGCACUGUAGCUGUGAUGUAUUGUGGGUUGAUGCACAGCUUGAAUCAAGAAGCAAGAGGAGACCAAGAACAGCCAUGUCAACAGUCAUCACUCCCACCGCUCGCACUUUUGCGCGUUUGAAUUGGUCGCGCGAUGUUUCGUGUUUACCUUCAAUAAAAUUCAGCAGCGGCAACGCCCA